GGCCGGUCGCGCCGCGGUCCUAACGAAUAAUCCUCUUCUUUACCCUUCCCCUCGCGGCCGCCGCGCCGAACGCGCACGCCGCCUCCUCCAGAGCCAAGCAAGCCACCGACCUCGACGGAGUCCUCCUCUCGCCCGCCACCCUCGUUGUCGCCCUCCUCCUCUCAGCCGAACCGGCCGGACGGCGUGGUGUGAAGAUCCAUCCGGACCCGGAACGAGUUCCCGCUUUUGCUGACUAGAAUCGUAAGAGGUGAUGGAAUUGGCAGGUUUCUUUGGGUUAGGGCUACGCAAACAUAUGCACCACCACCACUACCGAGGCUACUCAUGCUCAAAUGGGUUAUGCAGGUUACUGUAUAGGCCUUGUAUAAUUGAUAAUUCAAUCAAUUGGAUGUGUACGGUGUACCAUGAGGUUACAUAAACUUUGGAAAUACCAUAUUGAUCUUUGUGAUAGAGAUUGAAAUUUUUUCUGGACAAUGGAGAUACAAACUUCAGGGAAGCCCAUUGAUGUGCUGAUGGAGAAGGUUCUUCGCAUGAACAUUCUGUCUUCUGAUUACUUUAAGGAGCUCUAUAGGUUGAAGACCUAUCAUGAGGUCAUUGAUGAGAUCUACAACACAGUUGAACACGUGGAGCCUUGGAUGACUGGCAAUUGCAGAGGCCCCUCCACUGCAUUCUGUCUUCUAUACAAGUUCUUCACUAUGAAGCUUACUGUCAAACAGAUGCAUGGUUUGUUGAAGCAUCUUGACUCCCCAUACAUUAGAGCUAUUGGUUUCUUGUAUCUUCGCUAUGUUGCAGACCCAAAGAUUCUGUGGACAUGGUAUGAGCCCUAUUUGAGGGAUGAUGAGGAGUUCUCCCCUGGAUCUAAUGGCCGCAAGACAACCAUGGGUGUUUAUGUGCGUGAUCUUAUACUUGGACAGUACUACUUUGAUAGUCUUCUACCAAGAAUUCCUCUCCCAGUAACUCGUCAGAUUACAGCCAAUCUUGAGAAGAUGAAAUUGCCCACUAAACUUUCUGGGGCAACUGGGGACUCUAGUCGUCAGGGAUCAGAAGAUACUGCACGUCGUCCUCCUUCAGUGAAAGCUUCUCUGUCAGUUUCCUUUGGACAGCGUGCUCCACAUCGGGCUUCCACCAGAGAUUCAUCCCCAGUUCGGCGAACAGUCACCCAUGAUGAUCAUCGAAGAUCAUACUCACCAUCUCAUCGCAGUGGUAGCCGUGAGGGUCCUGACCGUGACCGUUCUGACCGAGAAUUGGAUCGUUCUAGCCGUGAUCGUGACAGAGACCAAGAUCGUUCAAGCAGGGACCGGUAUCGUUCAAGCCGAGACCUUGACCGUGACAAGGACGCCAGAGAUUAUCAUCGCCAUGAGCGUGAUAGCAGGGAUCGUGAGUAUUACCGGUCCAGGCGUUCAGAAGAAAGACGGGACGACAGAAGAGAUCAUGAAAGCAGCAGGCACAGGCGCUCUAACUCUCGCCACAGAAGUCGUAGUCGUAGUCGAAGCCGGAGCAGGAGGAGUCGAAGCCGGAGCCGGAGCCGGAGUCGGAGCAGGAAUGAGCAGCGAUCCAGCCCAUUCAGGGAUGCAAAUAAAGAGAAGGCAGCCACUGUGUCAAGCAACCUAGCAAAGCUGAAGGACUUGUACGGUGACAUAACUGAGAAGAAGGAAGACAGUGAUGCUGAAAAGCUUCACCGUGAUUCAUGUGCUGAGGAGGUCAUCAGGCUGGGAGGCCCUCGAUGGAGGUAACAUGAGACCUGUAAAACUGUGGUUUACACUUUGUUGUGCCAGCCUCUCUGUGGGCCUUCUCGAAAAUACUCUUAAUAUUCCCAAACCUGAUAGAGCCGACUGGGCGACUGGUACUUUGGUAUCUUGACUUGUUAUCACCUGCAUUUGUCAUUAAUGGAUGUUGUUUGGUAUGUUAUUCCUUAUUCCUAUGCAA